AUGACACGUGCAGUGCGGGCCAUCGUCGAGCUCUUUCAUGCUUUGAAUCGCGAGGAUAAGGUCAACCCCCAGAUUCUCGCCUUCUCCAUCUCGCACGACCACCGGUCGGUACGGAUCUACGGCCACUACCCGGUGAUAGCUGGCAAUGAUACCAUAUAUUACCGCCAUCCAAUCCAUACUUACUAUUUUACAACACUCGACGGAAGGGACAAAUGGACAGCUUACCAAUUCACCAAGAAUGUAUACGAUACAUGGAUGCCCGCUCACUUCAAGAACAUCUGCUCCGCCAUUGAUCAGUUACCCUCAAAUUUGGACUUUGAUGUCCCACCGCUUUCUGAGGCAACCUGA